GUAGACGUGGCAAGAUAUUGAUAAAAAUGUGCGGUGCUUUUCGGUACUUGAUGUAAGAAAAUCUGAUGCUAUAUCCAAUUUGACAUUUAAUUAGAUCAACAACUUGUACUCGAAUACUCAGAUGGCUCGCGGUUAUUUUAAAAGGGAUAUCAGACUGUUUGUUGGAUGUCUAAGUCUCAUCCUAUUUGUAGAAUUGAUUGCAAAUUUCUAUUUCCGAAGCGCGCUUACAACAAUUGAACGGCGAUUUGAACUUUCUUCAACGGCCGUGGCUUUACUGUCAUCUGUAUAUCAGAUUGGAAAUCUUUUUGUAAUGGUCUUUGUGUGCUACUAUGGAAGCAAAUCACACAGGCCUAGAGUCAUUGCAAUUGGAACAACGCUGAUUGCUGUUGGUUACUUGAUAUCAUGUAUUUCCCAGUUUAUAGGAGAUCGAUAUAAAUAUGUUGAUAACGAUAACCAUACUACGACUGGUGAUCAAUUGUGUAAAAGCUCUCUUCAUAAAACAGACUUCAACAUUUCUUCUUGCAAUGUCGAUGUAAACAAUAAAUUGGAAAAUAAGUUAUAUAUUUUUGUGCUCAUUGGCAUAAUCCUGAGUGGAAUAGGUGCUGCUCCCCUUCAACCACUCGGAAUGUCCUACAUUGACGAUUUUUCCAGUCCGCAUAGAGUACCGAUCUAUAUAGGUGUUGUGUUGACGGUUGCGUUGAUUGGACCAGCCGUUGGAUAUAUGCUUGGUGCUGUAUUUUUGCAGAUAUGGGUUGACAGCGGAUGGGUAAACACAGAUGAUUUUACUAUUUCAUCUCAGCAUGUAAACUGGGUCGGUGCGUGGUGGCUUGGAUUUUUAUUCUGUGGAAUUUUAAUGGCAUUCGCAACCAUUCCCAUGUGUUUAUUUUCAAGAAGAAUGAAAAUUAGGUACAAAAAUAAAAUAUUUUUGAGACAUUCAGAGAAUCACCCAAGUGAUGUUUCGGUAGAGAAGGUUGGUGCACCAACGGCCACAGCAGAAGGAUUGAUUGCCGCCAUCAAGAGACUCAUGACAAAUUUUGAAUAUCUUGGUAUGUUGUCCAUGUUGGUUUUUUCUGCGUUUUAUAUAACCGGAAUUAUCAACUAUUUUCCAAAGUUUUUAGAAGUUCAACUGGGAGCAUCUCCCUCAAAAGCCGAUAUGUCUUACGGUGCCAUCGGAAUACCAUGCAUAGCUGUUGGGACAAUGCUUGGUAGUUACAUUAUGAAGCGGCACAAUCCAAAUAAAAUUGGAAUGGUAAAACUCGCUGCUGCUUCGCAUUUUUGCACAACUUUACUCACAUUACCAAUGUUAUUCAUGGGAUGCAAAACAAUUGACAUUGCUGGCGUUACAGUACCUUACUCAGAUAGCACAUGCAGCUCCAGUUGUCACUGCGAUGCAAACAUAUUUUCACCCAUUUGCGGAUCGGAUGGCUAUACCUAUCUCUCUCCAUGUCAUGCUGGAUGCAAAAAUACAUUUCAAUUAGAUGGACAGAUUCAAAAUUACACAGAAUGUAGUUGCAUUAAUUUUGAUGAUUCAAAUAUGAACAGUUUGCUACAUGGUUCGUCUCUGGGUAGUUGUAAAACAAGCAACUGUUCGGAUCUACUUAUUAUCGUAUUGGCGAUACAAGCGUUAGCAAGUGUUACGAGUGGGUUGUCGGCUCCAGCCACGUACGUAUUUCUGAUGAGAAUCGUGAAUACUGGAGAUAAAGCUCUCGGAAUAGGAACUGCAUUUAUAGUUGUUAGACUGUUGGCGUGGAUUCCAGGUCCUAUAUUUUAUGGGAAAUUAAUUGACUCAUCUUGUUUGUAUUGGACCUUCAGCAAAUGCAGUCAAACCGGAUAUUGCGGGAUCUAUGACUGCGAUGCAUACAGGACAAGAUAUUUCGGCGUCGUGGUAUUUGCAAGCUUUGCAUCAUGGAUUUGCUCAUUAUGCAUCUACGUUCUUGUGAAACACAAAUCUUCGAAACAUAAUAAGACGAAAAUAGAGUUCGAAAAAGAUUCAUUCAAAAUAGUCGAAGAAGUGACUCUAAAUACUCCCGAUUGUACAGUGCAAUCACAAACUAGUCAACUUUUAAGAAUUGAAUCGGGCAAAAUUAUUGAUAGAUCUGAUACAGAACAUGAAGAUCAUCUCCCAAAUGCUAAAGAAAUAAAUGUGACUGAAGAUACAGAAGUCUGAUACAAAAACUUUUCUACCACUGAUUGGUCAUAUUUGCAAUUUCCGAACAGGAGAGUUUACAGAAACUUCGA